GUGGAACAACAAACUCAACCUCCUGCACAGGCUCAGCGGGAAUCUGCUGCCAUGAGUGGGUUGUCGCUGGCGUCACUUUCCCGUGCAGCUCGGCGGGCGGCGUGCUGGCAGAGUGGUUGGGGAGGCAGGUUGCUGCGAGGCUGUGAUGCAGCACAGAGACAGAAGCCUCAGACACAGAAGUCCAUUCACCCAACGUGUCUGCUCUCCAUCGAAACAGACACUCACCGAGUCUGCCUUUUAUUCUAACUGACAGCUGCUCUGGUCUGGCUUUGUGUCAUGUCUUGUUUUUUUGGUAUUGUAAUGGCUAAACGUAUAUUUUUGGUGUCAUGUCCUGCAGAGUAGAGAAUCCCUGUGGGACCGGUUACAUGCCUGUGUUUUCUCACGCACAUGGGCCUUUGGCACCAAUUCUUAUAAUGAUUUUCUUCUACCAUUAUAGGAAAUGUCGUAAAAAUGGAGCGGUUUCAAUUUAAUUCUGCAGAAGUGAGAAAUAAUUUAAAUAUAGAAAUAGUUUUAAAGGCAAUCUAGUGAAAAGCUUGUGUUUUUGCCAGAUAUCUAAAGUAAUUUCAUGGCAGAGAGUCACCCUUUUGAAUAACUAUGUGAAACAUGCACAGCUGAAAGAUUUGCUUAAUGUUUAAGUGUUUCAUGGGGAUUUUACAUUUGUUGGAACACAUUGAACUUGUUAAAUAUGGAAAUUUGAUUAUCACCAGAUGGAGUUUUGUGUGUGUGUGUGUGUGUGUGAUUUCGCCAGAUGGAGUUGUGUGUGUGUGUGUGAUUUAAGUUUGUAAUAAGAAAAUAUAUGUACAUCUUAAUCAAGUCCAAGUUUGUGCAGCCAGAAAAAACAUUACCCUUAUUUUCUGUUUGCUUUUUAGCACAAUUUUAAAACCUUAAAGCACGCUCAUUACUGUAAGCAGUAAAAACAAGAUUUGGCUCCAGCUAUUUUGGGUUUAAUGACUUUUUAAUCUAUAAAGCUCAAAUUUCCAGCUUAGAUUAGUCAGUAUUUAUUAGGACAGUCAAAAUAGCAUGUUUUUAAUUGUUCUUCAAUUUUUUCUUUAUUACGGAGGCAAAUUUAUUAUAAUCUUUGAUUUUUUUUUUGCUCAAAUUUUAAAAUGUUCUGACUUUUAAAAAUUGUUCAUUUAAAAAAAAUUUAAUUAGUUUUGUUUCCCAAGUGGGAAAGGAUCAGCUAAUGCAUAAAUAAAAGCUGAAAAAAACCCAGAAAGUCUGAAGAAGUAAGUAAAUAAAGCCACUUUAAAAUAGCCCAAGAAGGCUUGACAUGAUUUAUUUUUGUUAUAAAAAAUUUACUAAUAUUUUUUCUAAUAAAUGUUUAUAUAUUUCUCUUGCCUAAAUAUUGAAAUAGUUUGUAAUAACAGUUAAUUAAAAAUUUUUUAAUCAAUUUACUCAUCAAUUCUUUGUUUACAACUUCCGCCUGGACAAAACUUGACCGCUGCGUUGCUUACGUAGUUUCCAUAGCAACCGCGUGAUAACCUGUAACAAAAGUGUCUCAAACUUACCGUUUGUCUUACUGCCUUUUAAACAGCUAGUUGGUUCGCUGGCACUUAAGACCUCUCCGUUGAUCUCGAAAGCUAAUGUGGGUCUGUUUACAGCUCACGUGUGUGCCGUGCUCUGAGUGACUGCUUCAGUCCCUGAAGCCGAGCUCACGUCGAGCCAACAUGGUGCGUCUGACCAUAGAUCUGAUAGAGAAGUCUAAAAGCUACUUCAAAAAGAAAAGAGGCCUCUCGUUCCCAAAGUACCUCAAGACCCUCACCCAUCUCCACUUUUUCAGCAAAAAUAUUGAUGAAAUUGGUGACGUCUCCAUGUGCACGAACCUCACUGUUCUCUACCUGUACGAUAAUAAGAUAACAAAUAUUUGCAACCUCGACUUUGCCUCCAAACUCACCCAUUUGUUUUUACAAGACAACAACAUCUCUAGCCUAGAUAAUCUCCAAAAUCUGAAGAGACUCUCCAAUCUGUACCUGGGUGGGAACAGGAUUACUCUGGUGGAGGGUUUGGAGGAGCUCCAUGAGCUCACGGAGCUUCAUCUGGAGGAUCAGAGGCUGGCUUCAGGGGAGAAGUUGCUCUUUGACCCCAGGACUCUCCUCUCACUCGCUGAAUCUCUUUGUGUCCUGAAUAUUAAUAACAACAACGUCGAUGAUAUCAGGAACCUGUCUGUGCUGAAGAAGCUCCGCCAUUUUUCUGCAGCAGAUAAUAAAUUGCACAGCAUUGGGGAGUUGGAGGCUGUGUGUAGCCUCUGGCCUGAGCUGCUCCAGAUGGAUCUGAAUGGAAAUCCUGUUUGUAAAAAACUAAAGUACAGAGACCGCCUCACAGUUUCAUGCAAAAAACUUGAGACCCUUGAUGGAAAGGAAAUAAAAGAGGUAACCCGACAGUUCCUUAACAACUGGAAAGCAGCAAAAGAUGCCAAGAGGAAAGGAAUAGUCACUCAAAUACCAUCUGGGUCAUUAAUAGCUCUUCCUCUAGACAAUGACUUUAACAAGGGACAUUGUCCACUUCCUGGUCACAUCUACUGCCAUAACACGCCAGGGUGGGAGCCACAUCUGUCUCUCAGGACACAGAAAUUAAAGUUUCCCGUGAGCAGAUUCAGUCAUCUGUCCAUCUCACCAGCCAUCUGCAGCCUAGAGGACAUCUGAGACAAACCUGUCUUCCCUUGAAAUGUCUUCACACACAAAUCAACCGGAUUCUGGGACUAUAAUGUACAUUCUUGAUGUUUCCUCCUUAAAGCAGAUCAUUUGUUAUAGCUGCAAAAACAAUGAAGUGGUGUGGAAAAUGUUGUAAUGAUUCGAUUUCAUGAAGUUUUUCCAACUAAAAUAAUAAAUAAAACAAAUAUCCCUUCUAAUCUGGUUUAUCUUUAUCUUUUUUUUUUUUUUUUUUUUUUUUUGCUUUCUGCAGAAUUAAAUCAUGCAUUUUCACAGAAAGUGCUACAUGAUGUGAUUUUUCUUCUGAGUAAGAUGCAGAGAGGCACAAUCUAAAUGAUCCCUCUGAGCCUUUAUUACAAGUCUUUACAUUAUCCAAAGCUCUUAUCCAAACAGCUGUAAUAAACCACUCAGGAACAUUACUCCCGUAUUCAUCAUGAGCGAUACUUGACCACCCUAUAAUAAUCGGGAUAAUUAAGGAAUCAAGCUUACUUAACCUCCUUUAACUUCAGCUGUUUUAAUUAGUUGCCCGGGGCAACGCUGUUACUCCAUCCUUACAAAAACAAUGUUU